CCUCGAUGCGUUGAUACGCCACGCGCCAUGGAGACGGCCCGAUGGCCCAGAAGACGCUGGGAUUUGGUGGCCAGCUGUGUGGCGGUGAAUUUGGCAGCAGGAUGCACGUAUGAUUACAGCGUGUACAGCCCUGUGGUCAAAGAAACAUACAACCUCACCCAGCGAGAGACGAAUUUGGUCAUGAACUUCGGAUUUUUCAUUUAUGCUCUUGGCUCCUACGGCUAUGGCAUUUGCAAUCAACACUUUGGUCCUCAAAGAUCUCCACGCAUCGGAUGUGGCGUCAUGCUCUUCUGCUAUGCCAUCUUGGUCUUGAAUUUGUUACAGCCAGUUGUGCCAGGCGUUGCAGGCGCUGUGCUGAUGUCGCUGAUGAUCGGAAUUGGUUGGGCUGGACAGGCCACCAGUUUAGGUUGUGGAUACCAGCGCGUUUGCCAAGUCUUCCCAGAGUCUGGCGGAAUCGCAAUAGGCAUUUUGAAGACCAGCCUGGGAGCUGGCGGGGCCUUGGCGCCAGCCAUCUUCUUUGGGCUUUGGGGGCAACGGCCUCCAGAGAACAUCCUGGGCAUGAAGCUGUUCCCAGCCUUUGCCAGCUGCACACUGGCCAUUGCAGUCAUAUCAAUGACAUAUGCAGUCGAUGCGCAGCCUGGUUGGUCUCCCAAAGAAGGAAGAACCUUCAGCCUACUUGCACUUGCCAUGGUCCUUAUCACAGGGACGGCGACGGCAAACAGCUUCGUUCCACUGGGAGCUGCGAGCGAUGCUUUGCUGGCCGCUACUGUUUCACUGCUGCUGGCCCUGUUCCUUGCGCUGGCGUGCGUGGAAGACAAGCAGCUCCCUGCCAAUGAGGUGUCGCAGGACAGAAGUCCCAUGCACAUCAAGGUGCAGCAGGCCAGCAAAACCUUGGAAUUCUGGAUGUACACCGUGGUUUUCAGCACCGCAGCUGGUUCUGGCCAACUGGUGUUCACCAAUCUUUCACAGAUGGCAGAGGCCAUUGGCUGUUCCUCACAAAGUGAGGCUUUGCUGUGCAGUUUUUCGUUCUGUAACAUGUUGGGACGGCUGAGCUUCGGCAUGGCCUGUGAUAUCUUACAACAUCGCAGGGCAUCCAGGACCCUUUUAUUCGUAGCCUCCACACUCUUGGCAACUGUUGGCCAGCUAUUGCUGCAUGCUGCGGCCCUUCAAGAAAAUGUUGUCCUCCUUUUUGUCGGGGUUUGCUGUGUGGGGCUGCAAUUUGGCGGGGCCUUUCCCACUCUUGUCAAUGUAUGUGCAGCACGCUAUGGUCGAGCGACCUUGAAUGGCAACUGGACAUUUAUGGAUGCUGUGGGAAAUGGAACUGCAUCUCUGGUUUUUGGUAGCUACCUUGGCAGUGUUGCUUACGACCGCCAUGCUGGUAGUGAUCACCACUGCUAUGGGCCGAACUGCUUUGCGCUGCCUCAUCUCAUUAUGGCCGUCAUUUGUGCUUGCAGGACCAUCAUCUCCAUCCUUUUGAUUUACUUGCAUCCGCGUAACCGGCAGAUUCGACACUCCUUGUCAUCACUCUCAGCAUCGUGUAGCAUUGAGGAGCCCAUGGUCAGUUUCGACAUUGAUGCGAGCACAACUGCUGGAGCCAAUUCUUCCGCUUCAGUUGGUGUCAGUGAGACACUGUAGGGAAGUAGGGAGCAAACUUGGCAAAGCCUGAUUUGCUAUUAAAAUUAGGAUUUCAGAUCUUGCCUUUUAACGAAAA